CUCCCAGACCCACGUCUCAGCGUGGUCAUGGCUGGUUCUACGCUCCACACACACUGAACAGUUUCUCAAAGUUGCUGGGACCAAGUGGCUGCCCAACAGGUCCCCUUGGAAUGUGGAAAGUAGGAGAAAACCGCUAUUUCUUUUCAUCUCAUCCUUUGCAAAUUCAGUGCAGCCUUAUGGUGUAGGGAUGUAUCUGCAUCGUCAUCUAGCAUAUAAUUUGUAGGUGGGUGCACCUAUCUAUUUUGUGAGUGCGCACUUGAAUUCUGCCUUUUACUGAAGAGGGUGUGUAAUCAGUAAAGUUUGGAGAGGAUUGUCCAGAGGGUAAACUGUGCCAGCCCUUCACUGUCGAGUCUCCCCUGUCUCUCUGGCUUCGUUAUUGAAUAUUCUUCCCCUUUCUUCCUCCUCUCCUGAUCUUUCUGCGGUGACAUCAUUGCUUCACCUCUGCUCACCUUGCAGUUCCCCGCAGAUGCUCCAUGAUUUCAUGUCAGUAGCCUCGGCAGCGUCUUCUGUCUGAGGGCUCAUCCUCCUUGCGCUGCAAAUUCAGAUGCCCUCGCCCCUCUCUGAACCUUGCCCUGAUGCCUGCAACUCUGAAAGUGCCCUGGAGGCGCCUUGAAUCACUCCCGGGUCACUCUCCUGCAGUCAUUGUACUUGACAGCACAUUCGUCUAGACUGGCAGCUCCUUGUAAGCAAGGCCUGGUCUCAGAGAUGGACAUUCCGAAUAUGUGCCCAAUGCCACAGUACACACCUUGAUCCUACCGCUGGAGGGGAGAACCGGGGCCCAGCGAGCUUAAUCAGUCCUCCCAAGGUCAAGGCCGCUGACCCACUAAUCAGCUUGAGCCUCCUAAUCCAUCCCCAGCAGGAACCGCAGGACAGACCGCAGUGGCUCCUGAGAGCUGGCCGGGGCCAUUUUGGCUCCUCGCCUGUGGCCUUCUGUGGACUUGGUCUGGGAGGGGAUGGGGCAGCUGCGCCAUGUGCACCACACUUUUCCUGCUCAGCACCCUGGCCAUGCUCUGGCGCCGCCGAUUUGCCAACAGAGUCCAACCAGAGCCCAGCGACGUGGAUGGGGCAGUUAGGGCCAGCAGCGUGGACUCAGACCCUCAGGCCUCUGGCAGGGAGAAAGAACCUCUGAAGUAAAGCCUCACCUCUGCAGGUGGGCUCAGGCCCAGAGACUGGGAUCAGCUGGCCCAGCUCAGGUCCUGGUUCGUUCCCUAGUCCAGGAGGAUGCUGUGGGAGCCGGGGCAGCAGCAAGAGGGAGAAUGGGGGAAAGCAGCACUAAAGGUCCUUCGGCUCCUGCUUAACGGAAGCCUCACAGAUGCAAGACGGCUCCAGCAGGCCCAGCAUCACUUCUUCACAGUGUCCCUAAGCCAGAAGAGAGGCUGUUGUUUUUAAAAGCAGGAAAACCUUCCUAAACUUGGCGAGAAUUGCAUCGCAGACUCUUUCCCAAAACAACGUCCAGCAAAGGAAAUAGACUCACCAUGUCUGGUACAGAUGAAUCAAGAUUUGCCCCUGGGGCUAGGGAGGGGCUUGCCCCUGCUGAAGAGGACCCUCACCCAGCAGCUGAAGAGACCGUAGGCUCAUCAGCUGGAGGAAGAGACUGGCCACUAACAGUGCCUGCCAUACACACGUGCUUCCUUGAUAUUCCUGCUGCCCGCUGUUCCAGAUGUAAGCAGUCAGCUGCUUGGGAUACUACCUACCUUCGUCUGUGUUCUUAUUAAUAAAAUUAAGGAUUCUGUUCCAGGUUGAGAAAUAA